ACUUAAGUCCCAUUUCAACAUUAUUCUUUCAUACAUUUUAAAUCAGACAACAAGCUUAGAAUUUUGAGUUAUCCCUGAGUUUCGCUUUCGAAUUAUUCCUCAUUUCCAAACGUAUUUUAGGUCAAACAACAAAUGUUCCCCUCGUGGCAAAGUCUCCUAAGCUGCAAACCAAUCAAAAUGGAGAGUCAACGCCGAGCAGCCGACGGAAUUCAGCCGGAUGCGAUCAUUGACUUGACCAUGCAGGAGAGGAUAGGGCACGUCCCCAAGCGCCUGUCCGAUGGCAACAAUGGACUGUACCUGUGCCCCAUUUGCAUCGACCCGCCGGAGCAGCCGGUGGCCACCAUGUGCGGCCACGUUUUCUGUCGAGGAUGCCUGAUCCCUGCCCUGCUGCCACUUCGGAGCUGUCCCAUGUGCAAGGAGAGCGUGUCCAGAUUCAUUCGCCUGUAUACCUAAGUUUAAAUUCUGUUCUUGUUUAAUGUUUGAAGUUCUGUUGCCUGGCUUCUAGACACCAAUAAAAUUGGCCUCAACAGCA